AUGGAACGAUGGGUAGAGCAUUACUCCGAGUUGUAUUCAAGGAAGAAUGCGGUCACUGAAGAUGCCCUAGAUCCCAUUGAAUGCCUACCAGAGUUGGAGGAGCUCGACAGUAAGCCUACCAUAGAAGAACUAAGUAAGGCACUGGACUCCCUCUCUGCUGGCAAAGCACCUGGAAAUGAUAGCAUUCCUGCGGAAGUCCUGAAAUACUGCAAAGAGACCCUCAUCAAUGAACUGCAUGAGAUUUUAUGUCUUUACUGGCAAGAAGGUGAAGUGCUACAAGACAUGAGGGAUGCAAACAUCAUCACCCUGUACAAAAACAAAAGAGAAAGAAGUGAUUGUAACAACUAUCGCAUCAUUUCUCUUCUCAGCAUCACUGGAAAAGCUUUCGCCCGAGUGGUACUGAAGAGGCUGCAAGUAAUUGCUGAGCGAAUUUACCCAGAGUCACAGUGUGGUUUCCGAGCUAACAGAUCCACCAUAGACAUGGUUUUCUCCCUCGGACAGCUAUAG